UGUGUCCUACUGAGCUAAUUGCAUUCUCAGACCGAAUUGAUGAAUUCAACAAGCUUGGAGCCGAUGUGGUUGGGAUUUCUUGUGAUUCUGUACACUCACAUUAUCACUGGUGUCAAAUUCCGCGAAAACAAGGAGGCGUGAAAAAUCUCAAGAUUCCACUAGUUGCCGACUUUAAAAAAAAGAUAUCAUCAGCAUAUGGUGUAUUACACGAUGAAUCGCAUCCGUUAAGAGGGCUAUUCAUAAUUGACGAUGAGGGACACCUUCGUGCCAAGCAAAUUUACGAUGAAGAAAUAG